GGCGAACCAGAGAGUGACGUAGGAGGAGCCGUAGCCUGACCGGAAGAGGGGGUGUGGUUUGUUGCCGGAAGCGAAGGCACCGGCGGGGGAGAUGGCGCCGAGCUCGAAAUCAGAGCGGGGCGGGAAACGGAAAUGGGGCCCACGGGACCAUGUAAUAAGGCAACUGGACCGCGUUAAGAUCACAGGUCAGCUGUCCCCGCGUCUCUUCCGGAAGCUUCCUCCCCGACUCUGCGUAUCUUUGCGGAACAUCGUGGACGAGGAAUUCCUGCAGAAGGGUCACAUCUUCCUGGGCUUCUCCAAGUGCGGCCGCUUUGUGCUGUCUUACACUAGUGAUUUCCAAGACGACUAUUUCUCCUCGUUCUCCUAUCAUCUGUACUGGUGGCAGUUCCACGUGCACAGCAAACUGCGCCUGGUACGACAGGUGCGUCUGUUCCAGGAUGAGGAGAUUUACAGUGACCUGUUUCUGCACGUGUGCGAGUGGCCCAGUGACAGCUCCAAGGUUAUAGUAUUUGGCUUCAACACCUCGGGGAACGGGAUGCUAAUGAACAUGAUGAGUGAUGAGAAUCACCGUGAUAUUUAUAUCAGCACCGUGUCCGCUCCACCUACCUCCCCCUGCACAGACUGCAAAGAAUCUCACAUAGGAUCAUGUCUGUCCCACAGCUUUAUGCUCCACACCAAGUACCAAGUUGUCUACCCCUUCCCCACCUUCCAGCCUGCCUUCCAGCUGAAAAGGGAUAAUGUUGUUCUUCUGAAUACCAGCUUCUCUCUUGUGGCCUGUGCUGUAUCUGUGCGCUCAGCAGGAGAGGCGGAACCCAACCAGAUACUCUACAGCAAGCAGAGCCCACAGCACAGAGACCCCAGCUGUUCCUUCCCUUCCAGCCCUAGCACCCCAUCCCCCAGCACCCACUCUCCUCUUCCCUCCCCUCCCCCUCCUGGAACGCCACCCGCUGUGACUCGAGCCCGAGAGUUUGUGGCCGGUAUCUUUCGGCGUGCAAGAGAAGCUUCUGGAGUUGAGAUACAGGAUAAAGGAGAGAGUCCUGGCACAAGCAGAGAGACUCCACCCCGGGUUUCCUUCCCAGACUCCCCUGUAUGUCACCGUCCCUCCAUUGAGGGGUCGGCACGCUCAUCCCACCACUCCGAAGAGCCGAGCUACGUGAAUUACACGCGAUUUCGUUAUAUCCUGGGGGAGGCAACUGAAUCUGAACAUGAUAGUGAGUAUGGGGACGAUAAGAUUUCGCUGCCUUUCCUGGUGACUGAUCUAAAGGGAAAUCACUUGAAGCCCCUGAAUGAGAAAUCCUCCUUCCAGGGGCAGCAUCUGAGCGUGGAGCAGCUGACUCUGGAUUUCGAAUACGUCAUCAAUGAAGUUAUAAGAAACGACGCCUCCUGGUCCCAACAGUUCUGCUCCUUUAGUGACUACGAUAUUGUUAUACUGGAGAUGUGUCCUGAGACCAACAAAGUCAUAAUAAAUAUUGGCCUCCUCCUACUGGCCUUCCCAGCCCCGCAAGAAGAGGGACAACUCAGGCCCAAGGCUCAUCACACAAGCCUGAAGGUGGCGUGGGAUUUGCACACGGGGAUAUUCAUUACUCUCAGCGUGGGGGAACUAACGGAAGUCAAAGGUCAGACAAGCGGCAGCGUGUGGAGCUCCUAUCGGAAGAGUUGUGUGGACACCGUUAUGAAAUGGUUGGUCCCGGAGAACAGUGUACGAUAUGUGAACCGAAUGACAAACGAGGCUCUUCAUAAAGGCUGCUCCCUCAAGGUGCUGGCUGACAGUUUACGAUACACUUGGAUUGUGCUGUAACCUGCCGGUGCAUGCGGGUGGCCAAACACUACCUCUCGUGGUGCCUCUCAUUAGGGAUCCAGCGGCAGCAGCAGGUCACUAGCCCCUCCCCCGUGAAGCUGCCAUACACAGACUGUACUUUACAACGAGGAAUGGGAAGCUGCUUUCGAAACUAAUUUGCACCCCCUGUAACCGGACCGGGAAAGGGUUAAAGCGUGGGGGUGGAUGGGGCCUGCGAGGUUCAUUUAAAGGGGUUUGUUCACCUUUGAGUUAACUGUUCAUAUGAUAUAGAGGGUGAUAUUCUGAGGCAAUUUGUUUUUGACUUAUUUAGCUUUUUAUUCAGCAGCUCUCCGGUUUUUAAUUUCAGCCAUCUGGUUGCUAGGAUCCAAAUUCCCCUAGCAACCGUGCAUUGAUUUGAAUAAGAGACUGGAAUAUGAAUAGGGGAGGGACUGAAUAGAAAGAUGAGUAAUAAAAAAUAGCAAUAACAGUGACCCCCUAUUUGAAAGCUGCAAAAAGUCAGAAGACUGAAAAUAGUUUUAAAAAAAAAAAAAAACUAUAAUAAAAAUAAAGGCCAAUUGAAAAGUUGCUUAGACAUGGCCAUUCUAUAACAUACUGAAAGUUAACCAUCUUUUUAAGCCAUUUCCAGCUGUGGGGCCCGAUAUGUUGCAGCUUCUUUUUAUUUUUGUCCGACUAGAACAAAGCAAAAGUUAUUUUUAACAGCAUGUGUGUAAAUAUUGUGUAUCUCCAGCCCUCGUCUGUCCUUGUGUUGUGCAACUGUCGCUUCUUCUUUGUGGGAAUAAAAACUUGUCGUUUCAGAGAAGCGUCUGAA